GCCGCCGCAGCCGCCCGCGGGGGAGACCAAGAUGGCAGAGGCGUCGCCCCCCGCCCCGCUCUCGCCCCUGGACGUGGAGCUGGACCCCGAGUUCGAGCCGCAGAGCCGCCCCCGCUCCUGCACCUGGCCCCUGCAGAGGCCCGAGCUGCAGGCCAGCCCAGCCAAGCCCGCCGGCGAGCCGCCCGCCGACGCCGCCUCCAUGAUCCCCGAGGAGGAGGACGACGAGGAGGAGGGGGGCGGCUCGGCCAUGGCCGUCGGCAGCGCGGGCGGCGGGGGGCUGAGCGGGGGCCCGGCGGCGGCGCCGAGGAAGUGCUCGUCGCGGCGCAACGCGUGGGGCAACCUCUCCUACGCCGACCUGAUCACCCGCGCCAUCGAGAGCUCCCCGGAGAAGCGCCUCACCCUCUCCCAGAUCUACGACUGGAUGGUCCGCUGCGUGCCCUACUUCAAGGACAAGGGCGACAGCAACAGCUCGGCCGGCUGGAAGAAUUCAAUCCGGCACAACUUGUCACUCCACAGUCGAUUCGUCAGGGUGCAGAAUGAAGGCACCGGGAAAAGCUCUUGGUGGAUGAUCAAUCCAGAUGGUGGAAAAGGUGGCAAGGCGCCCCGGAGACGUGCUGUGUCAAUGGACAACAGCAACAAGUACACAAAGAGCAGAGGGCGGGCGGCUAAGAAAAAGGCAGCCCUGCAGACUGCCCAGGAGACGAGCGAGGACAGCCCUUCUCAGCUCUCCAAGUGGCCAGGGAGUCCCACCUCCCGCAGCAGCGACGAGCUGGAUGCAUGGACGGAUUUUCGCUCCCGUACAAAUUCAAAUGCCAGUACGAUAAGUGGCCGCUUGUCACCGAUCUUGGCGAGCACCGAACUGGAUGAUGUUCAAGACGAUGAUGCUCCGCUUUCUCCCAUGCUGUACAGUAGUCCAUCGAGCUUGUCCCCAUCAGUAAACAAACCAUGUACUGUGGAGUUGCCUAGGUUGACUGAUAUGGCUGGGACAAUGAAUUUGAAUGAUGGACUGACAGAUAACCUCAUGGAUGAUCUCUUGGACAAUAUAACACUCCCUCCCUCCCAGCAGUCACCCACAGGAGGGAUAAUGCAGAGAAGCUCCAGUUUUCCUUAUGGUUCCAAAGGUUCAGGGCUGGGUUCCCCGUCAAGUAGUUUCAACAACGCCGUGUUUGGGCCAUCGUCCCUGAAUUCCCUCCGCCAGUCACCCAUGCAGACCAUUCAGGAGAACAAGCAGGCCACCUUCUCUUCCAUUUCUCAUUACAACAACCAGACGCUGCAGGAUCUCCUCGCCUCUGAUGCACUUAGUCACAGCGAUGUCAUGAUGACACAGUCUGACCCACUCAUGUCACAAGCCAGCACAGCUGUGUCUGCCCAGAAUUCCCGCAGGAAUAUAAUGCUCCGCAACGACCCCAUGAUGUCGUUUGCCGCGCAGUCCAGCCAGGGCAGUCUGGUCAAUCAGAGCCUGCCCCAUCACCAGCACCAGUCCCACAACUCCUCUCUUAGUGGCAGCCGUGCCUUGUCCAAUUCCAUCAGUAACAUAGGCUUGAGUGACUCAAACAGCUUGGGAUCCACCAAACAUCAGCAGUCACCUGUCAAUCAGUCUAUGCAAACACUUUCUGACCCGCUCUCAGGCUCCUCUUUGUACUCCUCUAGCGUGAACCUCCCAGUCAUGGGACACGAGAAAUUCCCAAGUGACUUGGACUUGGAUAUUUUCAAUGGGAGCCUGGAGUGUGACAUGGAGUCCAUUAUCCGCAGUGAACUCAUGGAUGCAGAUGGGCUGGAUUUUAACUUUGAUUCCCUCAUCUCAGCUCAGAACGUUGUCAGUCUGAAUGUGGGGAACUUCACUGGUGCUAAACAGGCUUCAUCACAGAGUUGGGUACCAGGCUGAAGGAUCUUUGAGAACAGGGAAAAUGGGCAAACAGGCCCUCAAACUGACACGAGAUGUAGAGAGAGAACCCUUUGCCAAAUCUGCUGUCAGCAAGUGGACAGUGAUACUGUUUACAGCUUACGACCUUUGUGAACCCUGCAUUAUUUUCCUAACGAAGCAGACUGUUAAUAGGCCCCUUACCGGAGUGAAGAUCCUCCUUUUUUUUUUUUUUCCUCUUUUUUUUUUUCUCUUUUUUUGGGGGGGGAAUUGAACUAAUUCUGAAGUAUGCAAAAUCUUCCUUUUCUGGGAUGGCCAAGCACUUGCUGUGGAGACAAUGUUCAGCACCAUCCUGUUAAGAACGCACUGUGUAGCCUUUACAGUAGUUACUUGUCAAUGAGUAUGUGGUGUUUCAAUAUAUUAAUGGUUUAUGGGAUGUUUUAAGUUGGCUUUCUUUUUUGGAGGUUUUCCCUGUCUGCGCACCCUCCCCCUACAACCUCCAGGUUGAUUUCCUUAGAUUUUUGACCAUUUUUGCUUUCUCUCCCUGGGAAAUCUGAAGUACUGUGCACGUGCCAGGAAAUGAUCAUAACCCAACACUGCUCAGACGUCAGGGUUUUCUGAGUAUACAGCGUUUGUUACACCGAUCAACCGGCUGAAUUCCAGAGAGAGGUGAUGUGUGUGGUCUGUUUGUUUGUUGGGUUGGUUUGUUUCUUUCUUUCUUACUCUUUCCUUAAAUUUAAUGGUACACCCCCCGUUUUCCAUAAGCGUCAAACCAGGGUUGAUUGCAAAACAAGGGAAGCCGGCGAGUUUGCCUCUUGGCUCGUGAGGAUGGACUGACAGCGGGUGCCGUUGCCCGCACGUGCACUGAGGCAGGAGCCCGUUUGCUCCCCACCAGAGCAGGCUCCCCUCCUGCCUUAU